CCGUCCGUUUGCAGCUCCACGCAUUAUCCGCCCUACUCGCACACAUAUAUUUCUUCUCCUAUUUGCCUAGCAAAAAAAAGUCGCGUAAACUCAAAAUGUCCAAGGAUAUCGAGGAGAAGAAGCUGAAGAAGGAGAAGAAGGAAAAGAAGGAAAAGCGCGCCGAGAAGGAUGGCGUAUCCAAGAGCAAGAAGGACAAGAAGGAGAAGAAGGUCAAGGGUGACGUCGAAAUGGCAGACGCACUAGAGGCCGAGCUCGAGAAAGAACCAGACGUCUCCAUGGUCAAUGUCGUAGACGGCGCAUCCGGCGACGACGAGCCUCGCGGCGCCCUUGUUCCCUUUGCAUUCCCUCUGGCCGACAACGACAAGGAAGUCAAGAAGAUCCUUAAGACAGUCAAGAAAUCCGCCAAAUCCAAGACGCUCCGCCGCGGCGUCAAAGAAGUCGUCAAAGCGCUGCGCAAAUCCGCCGUCGCAGGCGCUGGCUCCACGCUGACGGACCCCUCUGCUAUUGUCGUCAUCGCCGCCGACAUCUCGCCCAUGGACGUCAUUGCGCACAUUCCUGUUCUCUGCGAAGACCACAACGUGCCCUACAUCUACAUCAAGAGCCGCGCGCAACUCGGCGAGGCUAGCGCUACAAAGCGGCCUACGAGCGUUGUCAUGAUUGGCAAGGAUAAGCUGGGCAAGAAGGCGGCAGAGGGCGACGACGACUUCGCAGAGGCAUAUGCCGAGCUCGUCAAGGUCGUGGCAAAGGCUACCAAGACGGUUAAGAAGUAAAAAAAAGACACAUUUGUGUGUGUGUGUGGAUAUACGCAAAGGAGUGGGGUGUGGCCUAGAAACGGGUUUGAAAUCUACAAUGUCCUCAUGUGUAACUGUUACCAAAACGGGACGAGGCGUCUGGCGUUUCUCUCUCUCUCUCUCUCUCUUUUUCCCCUCUUAUUUUUCUUUAUUUACUCCCUCGUCGCGGCCAGAAAUUAGUAUGGGUUUCUUACCUGCUAUUGUUUGCUGCUGCUACAUAUCACUUGUACGUAGGGAGAACAGAGCAUGUAUCACUUUGGAUAAAUAUAUGCUGCAUAGUAAAAAAAAUAAAAAUAAACUUGUC